AUGCCGGCGGAGAAGACUGUGAACGCGGCCGCGGCCUCGCUGCCGAGCAAGGAAGAGCUGAAGCACGACGUGGCCGAGGCGACCAAGUCGUCGCUGCAGAGCCUGCGCGCGCUGAUAGCGGGAGGCGUGGGCGGCGUGUGCGCAGUCGUCGUGGGCCAUCCGUUCGACCUGGUCAAGGUGCGGCUGCAGACGGCCGAGAAGGGCGUGUACAGCGGCGCCAUGGACGUCGUGAGGAGGACUGUCGCGAGGGAAGGCUUGGCUAGGGGUCUCUACGCCGGUGUUUCUGCGCCUUUGGUCGGCGUGACGCCCAUGUUCGCCGUCUCCUUCUGGGGCUACGAUGUCGGCAAGCAGCUCGUCUCCUCCGUGUCCACCGUCAACAACAACCAAUUCACCAUCGCGCAAACCUCGGCCGCCGGUUUCUUCAGCGCCAUCCCCAUGACGCUCAUCACUGCGCCCUUUGAGCGCGUCAAAGUCCUCCUCCAGAUCCAGGGCCAGAAGCAGCUGGCGCCUGGCGAGAAGCCCAAGUACAGCGGCGGCGUGGACGUCGUGCGCCAGCUGUACGCCGAGGGCGGUAUUCGCAGCGUCUUCCGCGGUUCCGCCAUGACGCUGGCGCGCGACGGGCCCGGCUCAGCCGCCUACUUCGCCACGUACGAGAUCAUCAAGCGCCGGCUUACGCCCAAGAAGGCCGACGGCUCCCCAGGCGAGCUCUCGCUCACCGCCGUCAUGGCCGCCGGCGGCGCCGCCGGCGUCGCCAUGUGGAUCCCCGUCUUCCCCGUCGACACCAUCAAGAGCAGGCUCCAGAGCGCCGAGGGUAACCCCACCAUCCGCGGCACCAUCCGCGAGAUCUACGUUCGCGGCGGCGGCGCUAGGGCCUUCUUCCCUGGCUUGGGCCCCGCCCUUGCGAGAGCUGUGCCUGCCAAUGCCGCGACCUUCCUGGGCGUCGAGUUGGCCCAGAAAGCCAUGAGCAAGUUCUUCGACUAA